CUCGGUUCCUCGAUUUUCAAAAAGAUCCGCGCGAUCUCUCUCACUGCUGAGAAAAUAUGGGGAUCAUAUCAUCUACGGAUCUGAAACCGGAGCACAAAUCUCAAAACAACAACCAAUCCCCGUCCGUAGGAGUUUCCUCAAGCACUUGGCGUAGAUAUGAUGAUUUCAUGAAAGGUGGUGGUUGCAAAGAAGUAUUUACAGAUUUUUUAGAUUGCGUGUAUGAAGCUGAAAAGAAGAAGGAAGUUGCAGGUCCUUGCUACCCGAUGCUCCAGAAGUGUAUAGAGGCUCACUCGGAUUACUAUCAGCCGAUCCUUGCGUCAGAUAAAAAAAACUGUGGAGAAAGAUUUGUACGAAGGCCUAAUGAAAGCUAUACUGCCUUCAACGGUUUCCCUAGAUGAACUAAGCGAAGAGGAAGUCGAGAGGAGCAUUACAACAUUCAUGGAAGGAGGUUCUUGCAAAGAAUCAUUUACGGCUUGGAAUGUUAAUUGCAAUUUCAUCGAGGAAGCGGGGAAGAACGAGGAAGAUUUGGUUACCAAGUGUGCGGGACUCUUUGGGACACUGCAAAAGUGUGUGAGUGAUCACUCUGAUUACUAUCAUCCAAUUCUCGCGGCGAUAAAAGCUACUGAGGAACAUGCACUGAAGGAUCUCGAAGCUCUAUUCUCGAAACCAAGCUGAGAGAUAUGAUUUAUAGGAUUUUGGUUAUUUUUUUUCUUUCUUUUCAGUAAGUGGUUAAGGGAAAUAAACAAUGCGAAGUAGAGGAUUUUGGUUUUGUUUUUGUUUUUUUAUGCUUUCUUUCUUUCUUUUCAGUAUUUGGAUCAGGCAUUGGACAAGUGGUUUA